GGAACAUCCACCCUCACCAUCCAUUCCACCACAAACAACGAAAAACCAGAAUCCGCAGCCAUGUCUUCAAAGAAGGGUGCCUAUGAGAAUGCAGCAUCCGACACCGACUUCCGCAAAAAAUACGACCGUGCCGAAUACGCCCAAAAGGCAGCUGAUCGCGAAGCAAAAGAAAAAGAAGAAUCCAAGCUCCGCUACGAAGCCAAGCUCGCGGGCAAGAAAUACUACGCCCCCUUGACCGGCGACGAAGUGCUCACGCAAGCACGAGCAUCACGGCUCGAUGUCUCCUCCAAUGUCGGCAAGGUGGUGCUCAUGCCCGCGGGCGCAGCGACGGGCAAGAGAGGCAGAGGCGCGGGAUUCUACUGUGCGGAUUGUGACUUAACGUUUAAGGAUAAUCUGCAGUGGGUCGAGCAUGAGAAUUCCAUGCAGCAUUUACGGGCGAUUGGGCAGACGGGAGAGGUGAAGAGGGCCACGGUCGAGGAGGUACAUGAUAGGAUUAGGUUGCUGUGGGAGAGGAUGGAAGAGGAGAGGAAGGGGGAUGUUAAGACGCUUGGGGAGAGGCUGGAGGUUAGGAGGGAGGAGGAGGAGAAGGAGAGGGAACUGAGGAGGGAGAAGAGGAGAGAGCUUGUGGAGAAGAAAAAGCGGGAGAGGGAGGAAGAGGCCAAAGUCAAGAAAGAAUAUGGAGAAGACGUCAGGAUUGAGGGCGAGCAUGAUGAGGAUGAUAUGAUGGCUAGUAUGGGCAUCACGGGAUUUGGGUCUUCGAAAAAGUGAGACGCCGGUCCUCUACAUCGAUCAUGGAUGGCGUUUGGGGCUGGAAAUGGUUUCCCAAAGACCAAUAAUUUGAUUGUCCUCGAUUUCAGAUUGGCAACAGAAAUGGAGUUAUGUGUGGUAGAUGGACUGGGCAUGGAAUCUUGGCGUCUGCAUGGGGAUGGGCAUACAGAACCCGCCCUUGUACCAUCAAAACGAUAUUCGCAUGGCGCCACAGGAAAUGGCGCUACAGGAAAGGGCGAAAGGCCUAGAAAUGAGAAGACAUUCUGGGACCACCCAAAGAUUACACAACCUCUGGUCUACAAAGUGAGGAACCCUUUCUUAGAAAAACAUCGAACAGGCUCUCAUUCCGCGCAAAUAUUGCGCAACUGCUAAGAAGCAUUA